GAGAGGGAGGGGGGGGGGGGUAAUUUAGCUUAAUUUUAAUAAGAAUUGUAUUGAAGAAUGUCUGGAAGUAGUACAGCUGUGGAUUUUGCAUCUGGCGGGAGGUUAUCAAUGGAGGAUACGUCGAGUGGCCAACGUUGCAUGUCCGAUGACUCUUUUGCAGAGUUGAGGUCAUGUGGGCAGGUCGAAAAUGGAACCCCUUCAACUUCACCACCUUACUGGGGUACCGAUGAUGAGGACAAUGAUUGCGGACCCAAGCCUUCUGCACUAUUUGGAAAAUUUACUUGGAAGAUUGAAAAGUUUUCACAGAUCAAUAAAAGGGAACUCCGGAGUAAUGCAUUUGAAGUUGGUGGUUACAAGUGGUACAUUUUAAUAUAUCCACAGGGAUGCGACGUUUGCAAUCAUCUUUCUUUGUUUCUUUGUGUAGCUAAUCAUGACAAGCUUCUUCCAGGAUGGAGUCAUUUUGCGCAGUUCACAAUAGCUGUAGUGAAUAAAGAUCCUAAGAAAUCUAAAUACUCUGAUACACUGCAUCGAUUUUGGAAAAAAGAGCAUGACUGGGGAUGGAAAAAGUUUAUAGAGCUGUCAAAAGUCUAUGAUGGUUUUGUUAAUGAAGACUCUCUUGUGAUUAAAGCUAAAGUUCAAGUUAUCAGGGAGAAAGCACAUCGCCCAUUUCGUUGCCUUGAUUGCCAGUAUAGGAGAGAAUUGGUUCGUGUGUAUUUGUCGAAUGUCGAGCAAAUCUGUCGCCGUUUUGUUGAAGAUAGAAAGGGAAAGUUUAGCAAACUGAUUGAGGAUAAAGUUAGGUGGUCAAGUUUCCGUGCUUUUUGGUUAGGAGUUGAUCAAAUAACCAGGCAGCAUAUGUCAAGACAGAAAACAGAUGCAAUAUUAAAAGUUGUUGUAAAACACUUUUUCGUAGAGAAAGAGGUCACAUCUACCUUAGUUAUGGAUUCUCUGUACAGUGGUCUGAAGGCUCUUGAAUGCCAGAGCAAGAACCAGAAAGGUCAAACAAAGCCAGUGGAAAUGGAGGAAUUAUCAGAUCCUGUCAUCCAUAUUAAGAACGAUAUGUUUGUUCUUGCUGAUGAUAUUUUAUUACUGCUUGAGAGAGUGGCCUUGGGGCCUGUUCCUCUUCAGCCUUUAACUCAAAAAGAUGACAAGGGUUCACAGAAUCGUACCAAGGACACAAGUUCUGGAGAGGAGUUUAACAAAGAUUCCAUUGAGCGUGAAGAAAGGCGUCUAAUGGAGUUUGGUCGGAAAACUUUGGAAUUUUUUGUCCUAGCACAUAUCUUCAGCAGUAGAAUAGAAGUUGCCUACCAGGAAGCAAUUGCUUUCAAGAGACAAGAAGAGCUUAUUCGGGAGGAAGAAGCAGCAGAGCAAGCUGAAAAUGGAGUAAAGGCAAAGCGUAAUGCUACAGAAAAAGAAAAACGCUCUAAGAAAAAGCAGGCUAAGCAGAAGCGGAAUAGUCGUAAAGUCAAGGAUAGAGCAAGAGAUGAGAAGCCUAAUAGGAUGAUGCAGGAUAAGCUCCAAGAGCAAAGCCCGUCCGAUGAAAGUUUUUUGGAAGAAUUCUCUUCUAAGAGUAAGAAGGAUCUACAUGUCAGUGAAAAGUUUGAACCCCAGGUAAAUGCUGCUGAUUCAUCUGACACUGGAGAGGACGUUUCCGAAGCAAUUGAGCCUGAUUUAGAAAACAAAGAUUGUAGUCCCAUCAGUACAGAGUCUAGUAAGCCUGUGCUACAAAAUGAACAGACUGAAAAGAGGAGCACUUGCUUGGUGGAUGAUAGCUCCUCGACAUGUUCAACUGAUUCAGUCCCCUCGGUUGUGAUGAAUGGAUCAUAUAAGGGAAACUCUAUGCAGAAUAGCGCAAGUCAAGCAUCACAUACUAGGGGAAAGAAUCAGCAAAGUAAAGAAACACACAAUCAAUCAUCCAAGACUAAAAAUGUAAAUAGUACCCCUGGUAGUUGUAGGACUUCUGGACCUGAGACCGAGGCAUCUCUCUCCUUGAAUAUUAGGAGACGAUAUCUUGAGCAACAUGGUACUGAAAAGGAGGAAGUUGUGCUACAAAAGGAACUAAAUGUCACAGAUCAAAUUGAUGAGCAACCCUCCAAUUCAAGGACAUCAGGUACAUCGUUGGCUCCAAUGACUCCUACCAAGAAGCCACCCUACAUUUUGUUGCACCAGUCAAAACAUUCUUCUGAAAAUACACUUGAAGCAGUCACUCUUAAAGAGUCACAUUCCAGUAGCUCAACCCCUUCCACUGUAUCGGCUUGUGAGUUAUCAAGAUCUCGACAAGUCUGCACCACAUCAAAGAGCUCUUCACAACAAGCAGCAUCUAUAUCAAGGCCUUCUAGUGCCCCCCUACCACCACAAAGGCAAACUGUUCCGGUUGUGUCCACUGCUCAGACAAUUCCUCAAUUAUCACGCUCAGUAAGCGCUACCGGUCGAAUCGGCGCUAGUCCUUCCGCGCUCGCUCCGGCUUUUGUUCCUCAAUCAUACAGAAAUGCCAUAACGGGUAAGAAUGAUGCAGAUCCAAUCCCUCUUUGCUACAAUCAUCCGUCCCUCACAUUGGAAUCCAUUAUGGGCAAUAAGUACCAACCGAGACAUGAAGAGAUGGAUAUUUACACUUCAAGAAUGCCUUCCGGUAUGGUGUCAGAUGAAUUUCCCCAUCUUGAUAUCAUCAACGAUUUGCUUGACGAGGACAAAAACAUCGCAAAAGUUGCAGCAAACCUUCAUUAUCAACAGCAUCAAUAUCCAUUCGACCAGCAUUAUCCUCUUAGUAGCCAUAAUCAUCUUGAUCAAACUGAACAGUAUUAUGGUUCCUCGAGCAGUAUUAUGCAGCACUCACAAAUGGAUCUUUCUGCAUAUAGUAACGGACAGCUUCAGGGAUUGAUUCAGAACCAGUGGCCUUAUAAUUAUGCUGCUGAUUUAUCGACGUUCAAUUUGGGGAAUGCUUCGGAUGCGCAGUGUUCAUACCGACUUCCAGAUUACAUGUACUCUAGGCGAGGAAACGGGCUUUGACGAUGAAAUAAAGGUAUUGGCGUCAUAUUUAUGUUGGUGUUGAGUUUUUUUUGGUGUUUACAACAGAAAACAUCUUGUAACAAAUUUCGUUACAUCUGUUCUAUGCCUGUUGCCGAGGUCUAUCUAGAUUGUCCUCUCACUGUACACCAUUCAUAGCAAGAGCACAGAGGGUGGUCAGCUUGAGCUACAUCCUUGUCAAUUGUAGUAAUCGUAUUGUUCAAUGUAACACUAGCCUUUCUAUCUAUGCCUAACGAUAUUUUCCUUCAUUUUUACUAGGGUUAAUUGCAGAUAGACCCCGAGUUAAUUUUCUUUCCCCUUCGUUUCUACCCCCUAGGGGCUUAUUCUACAUAGAGCCCCUCAGUAUUGUUGCCCUGAACUCACCGUCAAUGUUAGUUUCAUUGUUUUAGA